AUGGUGGAGGACGGCGGCGAGGAGGAGGCGGAGGGAGAGAGCGGGGAGAUGCCGGCGGCCGCUCUGCAGCGCUGCAACGGCUUCCUCCCCGGCAAGGAGGCGGAGGACGGCGGGCCGGCGGCCCCGGCGGGCGGCGGGGAGCGGACGGCGGCGGCCGAGGCCGAGGCCAUGCUGUGGGCGGGCGGCAGCCGGGUGCAGACGCGCCUGUCGCGGCGGCGGCUGGCGGUGCUGGCGGUCUUCAGCUGCUACUCGCUGGUGAACGCUUUCCAGUGGAUCCAGUACAGCAUCCUCAGCAACGUCUUCGCCGGCUUCUACGGCGUCUCCUUCACGGAGAUAGACUGGCUCUCCAUGGUCUACAUGGUGGCCUACGUGCCGCUGAUCCUGCCCGGCACCUGGCUGCUGGACGCCCGCGGCCUGCGCCUCACCGCCCUGCUGGGCGCCGGCCUCAACGGCCUGGGCGCCUGGCUCAAGUGCGCCAGCCUGGCGCCCGACCGGUACCCCCUCACCCUGGCAGCCCAGGCCGUCUGCGCCGUCGCCCAGGUCUUCAUCCUGGGGCUGCCCUCGCGCAUCGCCUCCGUCUGGUUCGGCCCCACCGAGGUCUCCACCGCCUGCGCCGUGGCCGUGCUGGGCAACCAGCUUGGCACGGCAAUUGGCUUUUUGUUGCCACCUGUUUUGGUUCCAAACACGCCUAAUGAUAUUGAUCUAAUGGCACAUAACAUCAGCAUCAUGUUCUAUGGAACAGCGAUAGUGUCCACGCUUUUGUUCUUCUUAACGGGAGUUGUGUUUGAAGAAAAGCCCAAAUACCCUCCUAGUCACUCUCAAGCAGUCCUGCAAACUAUGCCGCCUGAGGAUUAUUCCUACAAGCAGUCGAUUAUAAACCUGUUCAAAAAUAUUCCAUUUGUGCUUUUGCUCAUCAGUUACGGUAUUAUGACUGGGGCAUUUUAUUCUGUCUCCACAUUAUUAAACCAGAUGAUAGUAACUCAUUAUGAGGGAGAAGAAGUGAACGCUGGGAGAAUUGGCUUGACACUGGUGGUGGCAGGAAUGGUGGGUUCGAUUAUUUGUGGUUUGUGGCUGGAUUACACUAAAACAUACAAGCAAACUACUUUGAUUGUUUACAUUCUCUCUUUCAUUGGGUUGCUCGUAUUUACUUUCACCCUGGACCUCGGACACCUUAUAGUAGUGUUCGUGACUGGAGGAGUACUCGGGUUCUUCAUGACUGGCUAUCUCCCACUUGGGUUUGAAUUUGCUGUGGAAAUUACAUACCCAGAGUCUGAAGGCACUUCCUCAGGUCUCCUUAAUGCAUCAGCACAGAUAUUUGGGAUUGUCUUUACACUUGUUCAAGGAAAACUCACAACAGACUACAGUCCUCGUGCAGGAAACCUCUUUCUUUGUGCUUGGAUUUUUGUGGGCAUUAUCUUAACAGCCUUAAUAAAAUCAGAUUUGCGAAGACACAAUGUGAAUUCAGGGAUUAUGAAUUUGGAUGUUAAAGCUGUACCAGUUGACAGUCCUGUAGAACCUGAAAGUACUACAUUAAAAAUUCAGUCGGCUUUAUAAAACUGAAAGAAGGUGACCUAGAAAUGACCUAAAAACACACAAGUUUGGUUGGAUACUGAACAAUAUUAAUUAGCCUAAUCACUGGAUUUGUGUGUAUGAGUAGUAAAAUGUGUUUGGUGAUAUUGG